AUGACUGAUCGUGCUCAACGAGCCAGUCUAAUUAAAUAUUCGAAAUCAGGACGAAAAGCUCAAACAGAUCGGCGUCGGGCGAAUCCAUCGACAAGAGUAAAUGAACAGCUACCUCAUGGAACUGACACAUUGGUAGAACACUCAUCCACAAAUGUAGAUAAUGAUUUUAUUAAAGUAUUUAUUGCUAAUUUAACGUCAGAUGGUGAUGAUCCACCGAUAUCACCGGUUAACGAGACUUCUUCGAUGAUAGAAACACUUUUAUCAUCACAACCAGGAGGAAAAUCUAGUACGUCUAAUCGAUUUGAUAGUAAAGGUAACUCGAAUCGUCGAGGACUAUCGACAGGUGACGAACGACGAGAUGAACUAACGAAACUCAUGAAAAAUCUCUACAAAAAUUGUUUUGAAUUCGAUUCCAAAUCGAAUGUUAACUCCAUCGCUGAUAAUUUCAUCAACUCGGAUAAACGAAAACAGUAUUCUACGAACUUAUGGUAUGAAUUAAAAACGUUUUUCAAUGGAAAUAACAAACUCAACGAACACGGCAUCGAAAGUGAACGACACUCGAUCGAUCAUCUACGAAAGAAACUACUCGAUGAAUUCGACAAAUCAUUCAGUCAGUGUAAUUUCGAACAAUUGAAUUAUCAUCAAAGUCCGACUAUUCAACGUCGACAUCUCUGUGAACAUCAUUUAAAUCAUUGCCACAAUGUGGAAAAGUCCAUGCAGAAUUUGUUCGAUCAAUGGGAUACAAUUCUAUCUUUAUUUCCCUCGUAUUCAGCUCUCGAACAGUACGAUAAACGUUUCAAUCCUUCGACAAAAGAAGGAAGAAUUUUCUACGAGAAGUUGUUUAUUUUCCAAGCGUGGUUUAAUCUCCAUUCCGAAAUCAAUCGGUUAAUUUCCGUUCUCGGUCGAUUGAUGUCAUGUACACAAUGCUACAUGUGGCCACAUCAUACACAUUCAUCGACGAACCGAGUCAACGAUGCGAUUUCACGUCCACAAACCCCAUCAUCUACAUCGAGUAAUGAACAAAAAGAUUUCAUCGCAGGUUCACCACCCCCGAAUCCACUAAUGUUCGAAUCAAGGACAAGACGACAGAAUACAUUAACAUCGAUGUCAAGUAUUGAUAGUAUGUAUCAAACAUCGUUGUCAUCUUCUUCGUCGUUAAUGGAUUAUUACUAUCGGUAUGUUGAUGAUCAAGUAACACAUGCUCGGAUUGAAUUAGUUGGAAGCAUAUUUCGGUCGAAGCAUGGUCCAUUAUUACAACGAUUACGUUAUACGUACCGAAAGGUACAUAAAUGCACUUCAUCAAUAUUUGAUGAUAUUCUGAAGAAUUCGCCGUUUCUGCCCGCUAAUCUCAUUCCGAAUGAUUACUUGCUCGAUGCGAAACCGGAUAAACUAAUCGACGAAUUUCUUAUCCUACAUAAACAAUUGCAAGAGCAGAAGAAUCCUCAAAUCGUAACGAAUAAGACCAAAAAGAAACCCGUCGAUAUCUAUCCAGAUAAUUGUAAUAAUAUUCUGCAUCGUUUUGAUCAAAACUCGACAUUAAUCUCAAGUACAUUCGCCCCUGCGCCCGCGCCGACUCUAGUCCUAAAACUUGUUUCACACGAUCGAAGUAUUCUCAAGCGUCAAUCCUACUUUCUUGACUAUCUCGAUCCAACCUCAUAUCCGCAUUUACCUGGCUCAACACUCUUUCCCGAUCCAUGCUUGUUUCUCGAACCUUCACCAUCAAAUCUCUACUCGCAAUUAACAUCUGACCAAGAUCUACCAAUCGGUAAAAUGUUAACCAUAUGUCAUCGACUUUACGAUAAACAUGUCUGGGUUGAUAGUGGAAGAUUUUCGGAUAUGUGUGACAUAUUUCACUUGCCAUCACUCUAUCCACAGUACGUCUUUCUCGUGCAAAUUCCAUUGGACUUGAUCAUUGCCUGGCAUCGAUAUCAUCAAGAUAAAAAGAUGGAGCAAACGCCAACAACAGAUUAUGUUUUUUCAGGUGCAUUGCUUCUUCUCAUCGAUGAAUGUAAGAUUUUAAUACACAGUGCGACGCUUAUUCGUCAAUAUGUGAAAUUAAUGAUUACGGACACAUUUGAAAAAGCUGAACUGAGAUUAAUCGAAGAUGAAUUGGCCCAAUUCGAUCAACACAUUAUUGAAACAAUCUAUGAAAUCAUGACUUAUAUCGAACGCUACAUCGAAAUCUCAUUAUUUUCGUAUUCAUUCCAUAAUUGCAUUAUUUUACUCAAAGAACAAUGGAAAUGUUUGAAAAAAUAUGCGACGAUGAUGAACAUGGAAGAGAUAAUAGGUGAAAAAUUCCUGAAUAUUUACUCGACCAUCAUCAAUCGUUUUCGUGAAUACGUGGAUAUUUUUCAUUCAGCGAUUCCAUCCGCUGAACCCAUGAUAAUCGAACAUAUCAAGAAGAAAAUGAAUAAGAAAUAUCAGAAAAAAUUAACGAUGACUCUUCUACGUGAAGCGAAGGCGAUUUAUGAAGAUUGUGCCUUGACAAUCAAUAUUUAUCUACAGAGGCCUGUUUGCAAACGCUUUUUAUUAAUUCUCAAAACAGCUGGCUUUGAAAGAAUUAAAUUUGCUUGUGAAAAUCAUCAUCCACAUCGAACGCAUUCGUCGAAAAAAGACAGUUCAUCUUUAUCAAAAUGUCUUUUAUUCGCCCCGGCUGAGUAUUUCAAAGAUGUUCCAUCGAAAAUUCAAUUAAUCCGUACCUUAUCAUCUUCAUUUCGAAUCAAUGCGAACAAUAAUUCCUCUAAUGAGCCAACUGACGAUCAAUUGCCACCUCAGCAACAAUCUUCACCAACUUCCGCUCAACAACCCGCUCUCCCAACCAUCGAAAACUCUCCUCCCUUAGUCUAUAUACUCUGCGUACCGAUUACUGAAGAACUCGAAUCGGAAUGGCGUGGCAUGACUCAUAUUAUACCAGAAAACAAAACGUUAACAUCGAUAUCACCAUUGCAUAUGCAUUGGAAAACAACAACCAUAUUUCUUCUAACCCAACAGACGACCAAUCUGGACAAAUUCGAAGAAUCUUUCAAAGAACGUCUCGGAAAGAUUAAUGUUCAACAAAAUGAUCUAUACAAUUUCGAAAAUCCUGCGAAACAACCUCUCCAGAAGCGUUCGUGCUUUGAAAAGAUUGAUAAUUCAAUGCGAACACUCGCUCAUUCGAUCCUAAAUCUAAGCAAUUGUAUUACCAGCAACGUGGAGAAUUUUGAAAGGCUAAUUGAUCAAAUUCACACACGAGACUAUGUCCAUACGGAAGAGCGAGCGUUUGCAUUCGGCAUGGAUGUGGUACGUGAAACGAGUUUCUACGCCACACAAUGUGAACAUGAGACAUUAAAAAUUCAAGCUGAACGGCAAAUAUCAUUUGGAAAUUAUUGGCUUAACUUCGUUCGCAAGAAAAAAGCUACAACCACAUCGAGAUAUUUAAUCCCCAUUCCCAUGUGGCUAUUACCUGGUAUACAUUUUCUUCGACAUAUAUGCUCACUACAAUUCACUACUCAUACUGAUAAUGAUCUCUUUUCGAAAUUUUAUGAUAAUAUGAGACAGACGAUUAAAUAUCUGAAUAGCCCAAAUGAGAAUAGUAAUCGAAACGUGUAUCCGUCGAAGUUGAUGAAAUAUUCGUCCAUGAAGAAACGUCGUGGAAGCCAACAUCCGUCAAGUAAAGUACGCUUGACUCGUAUUGAACAAAUCGAACGGAUGGAUAAACGGAUCGAUCGGCGACGUUUCAAUGAAGAUUUGAUUGGCAAAAUCAAAUCUCAUUUCAAAAUCCGAGACUUUCAUAAACUAAAUCUUCUCUCCUGCGGCCAAUUUGCAACCACAUACAAAUGUUGGGUAAAUCGCAAUGGUAAAAAAGAGACUCUCUGCUAUAAACAAUACAAAAUUCAACCAAACGAUGCACAAGCGAUCGAUAAAGUUUUGGAACUCAUGCCAUUAAUGUACAUUGAACAUGAAAAUUUAAUCAAAUAUCACGGCAUCGCACUCGAACAUGAUCAUAUUCUAUUUUUCAUGGAAUACUGUAGUCAUGGCACCAUAGCCCAACUAUUACUCGGUACCUCAUUACCAUCUUCAUAUACGGAUACACGUCGUUCGUCAUAUCCACUGUCGAGCUCACUAAAUGAAUCCUCAUAUUUUGAUAAAGGCUUCGUUCAAAUGCCUGGUGGAUAUGUUCUCUUACGUGAAUUUGUUGUUCAACGUUAUUUACGUCAAUUAUUAUCUGCUCUCUCAUGUUUACAUAAAAAAGACAUCAUUCAUCGUGAUAUUCGAAAUGUAAAUAUCUUUUUAGCUGAUUCAAGCCGACAAUCAAUCAAAUUAGGUGAUGUUAAUUUCGUUUAUGAUUUUAAAUUUAUGCAAAAGCAAUCGUCUUUGCUUGAUGUCGAAGACGUAACAAACAUUCGCGAGUCCAUUGUUUUCUAUGCGCCGGAAACUAUAACUCAGUACAUAACAACAACGAAAUCCGACAUCUGGUCAUUAGGUUGCACGAUGAUUCACAUGCUAACUGGUCGAAUUCCAUGGAGCAAUCCGGCGAUUGCUUCACGGCUUUAUUAUUUUAAAAUUCUCAAGUUGAUCGCUGAUGGUGAUCAGCCAACGAUACCAACGAGUUUGAAUCUCUCUAACGAAUGUAUACAUUUUCUUGAGCAAUGUAUUCAACACGAUCCUAAUCGUCGACUAUCGUCACACGAAUUACUUGAACAUCCGUUUAUUAAAGAAGAAUAA